UUUCUCUCUAGAGCUGGGCUUACGUUUAGAACAUAGAUUAGAAUAGUGUAGGAAAAAUUUUCUCCAUUUACCAAUUUUUCCCAACCUGCGCCAGCAGCGGAGAUUCGGAGAAACAGAAGGCGGAGAGAGGAAGGACGAUGAGCACGAAGCUGAAGAAAUGCCGAAAUCUAUCAAUGUUUACGCGCCGUUGUUUCAAAUCAGCGUCUCUUACACAAUGGCCCAGAUACCAUAUAGGAAUUGUUAGACCGGCACGUUGCGAAGAAGAGAAAUCGCUGGAUGACGAGGAGGAAGAGUUGCUGAAUCGGCAGCGAUUCAUCACCAACCGACGAGAGGCACUGCAUCUGUACCGAGACAUCCUUCGGGCAACCCGGUUCUUCAUGUGGCCCGAUUCUCGAGGUGUUUUGUGGACUGAUGUAUUGCAGGAGAACGCUAGGAAGGAGUUCGAAGAGGCACGGUUCGAGAAGGAUCCGGAAAUCGUGACCCGAUUGCUUAUCGGUGGCCGAGAUGCAGUGCAGUCUGCUCUUGAAAAACUCGCCGAGAAGCAGAGACAGUAGAUUGAGAAGGAACGUGGCCAUGGCGGAGGUGGCCGGUGAAUUGGUACUGUAUUUAAAUGUAAAUUUGAAAAUUGUAAUGGUUUCCAAGCUGCAUGGAAGAACAGAAGGAAAGCCUUUAUAUAAUGAAUCAGACAUAAACGCUAAGAAUUUCAAAUAACAGAAUUUUCCAGAA